AUCGGGCUCCACCUCCCCUUCCGCAGAAUGAGCCAAUUCGGACUCAGCCCGGGCAGAUCGCGUUCAUGUGUCAUGGCGGCCUGCAGGUACUGCAGCUCGUGCCUCCAGCUCCGUCCGCUGCGAGAUUGCUCAUUAAGUCUGCCAGGACGGGUUCGGACAUUCAUCCCAUUGCAGGUGCGCGCUCUGUGGGGUAAUGCGAAAUCCCGAACCGUGGCGGUGGAAUUGGGUAACAGAAAGUUGGAAAUUUCAUCUGGUAAGCUGGCAAGAUUUGCAGAUGGCUGUGCUGUAGUGCAGUCAGGUGACACCGCUGUAAUGGUCACUGCUGUCAGUAAAACAAAACCUUCACCUUCCCAGUUCAUGCCUUUGGUGGUUGACUAUAGACAGAAGGCUGCUGCAGCAGGGAGAAUACCCACAAACUACCUAAGAAGAGAAAUAGGUUCUUCUGAUAAAGAAAUUCUUACAAGUAGGAUAAUAGAUCGUUCCAUUAGGCCUCUUUUUCCAGCUGGCUACUUUUAUGAUACACAGAUCCUUUGUAAUUUGCUAGCAGUAGAUGGUAUUAAUGAACCUGACAUCCUAGCAAUUAAUGGUGCUUCUGCAGCCCUGUCAUUAUCAAAUAUUCCUUGGAAUGGACCUGUUGGGGCAGUGAGAAUAGGAAUAAUUGAUGGUGAAUGUGUUGUUAACCCAACACGGAAAGAAAUAUCUUCUAGUACUUUAAAUUUAGUGGUUGCUGGAGUACCAAAAAGUCAGAUUGUCAUGUUGGAAGCAUCUGCAGAGAACAUUUUACAGCAGGAUGUUUGCCAUGCUAUCAAAGUGGGAUUGAAAUAUACGCAACAAAUAAUUCAGGGCAUCCAGCAGUUGGUAAAAGAAAUGGGUGUUGCCAAGAGGACACCACAGAAAUUGUUUACUCCUUCACCAGAGAUUGUGAAACAUGCUCAUAAAUUUUCCAUGGAAAAACUCUAUGCAGUUUUUACAGAUUAUGAACAUGACAAGAUUUCCAGAGAUGAAGCUAUUAACAAGAUAAGACUAGAUACAGAGGAACAACUUAAAGAAAAAUUCCCAGAGGCUGAUCAAUAUGAAAUUAUAGAAUCCUUCAAUGUUGUUGCAAAGGAGAUUUUUAGAAAUACUAUUUUGAAUGAAUAUAAAAGGUGUGAUGGUCGAGAUUUGACUUCAGUUAGGAAUAUAAACUGUGAGGUCAAUAUGUUCAAAAUUCUUCAUGGAUCAGCAUUAUUUCAAAGAGGACAGACACAGGUGCUCUGUACUGUUACAUUUGAUUCACUAGAAUCCAGUCUUAAAUCAGACCGAAUAGUAACAGCUAUAAAUGGGAUAAAAGAUAAGAAUUUCAUGCUGCACUAUGAGUUUCCUCCUUAUGCAACUAAUGAAAUUGGAAAAGUCACUGGUAUAAAUAGAAGAGAACUUGGACAUGGUGCUCUUGCAGAGAAAGCUUUGUAUCCUGUUAUUCCCAAAGAUUUUCCUUUCACCAUAAGAGUCACAUCUGAAGUCCUCGAGUCAAAUGGGUCAUCUUCUAUGGCAUCAGCAUGUGGUGGAAGUUUGGCAUUAAUGGAUGCAGGGGUUCCGAUUUCAUCUGCUGUCGCAGGUGUGGCAAUAGGAUUGGUCACCAAAAACUAUCCUGACAAAGAUGAAAUAGAAGAUUAUCGUUUGCUGACAGAUAUUCUGGGAAUUGAAGAUUACUAUGGUGACAUGGAUUUCAAAAUAGCUGGCAGUAGUAAGGGAAUAACUGCAUUACAGGCUGAUAUUAAAUUAUCUGGAAUACCAUUAAAAAUUGUAGUGGAAGCCAUUCAACAAGCCUCAGUGGCAAAGAAGGAAAUACUACAGAUUAUGAACAAAACUAUUUCAAAACCUCGAGCAUCUAGAAAAGAAAACGGACCUGUUGUAGAAACUAUUCAGGUUCCAUUAUCAAAACGAGCAAAAUUUGUUGGGCCAGGUGGAUAUCAUUUGAAAAAACUUCAGGCUAACACAGGAGUUACUAUUAGUCAGGUGGAUGAAGAAACAUUUUCCAUAUUUGCACCAACCCCCAGUGCUAUGCAUGAAGCAAGAGACUUUAUUACUGAAAUCUGCAAAGAUGAUCAGGAGCAGCAGUUAGAAUUUGGAGCUGUGUAUACCGCCACAAUAACUGAAAUCAGAGAUACUGGAGUAAUGGUUAAGCUAUAUCCAAAUAUGACUGCAGUACUACUUCAUAAUACACAGCUUGAUCAACGAAAGAUUAAACAUCCCACUGCUCUAGGAUUAGAAGUUGGUCAAGAAAUUCAGGUGAAAUACUUUGGACGUGAUCCUGCUGAUGGAAGAAUGAGACUGUCUCGUAAAGUGCUCCAGUCUCCAGCUACAACUGUUAUCAAAACUCUAAAUGACAGAAGCAGUAUUGUUAUGGGAGAGUCAGUUUCACAGUCAUCAUCUAAUUCUUCCCCAUAAAUUUAAGAGACUUCUAGAGUGAUACUCUAUAAGCAAAUUGUCGGUCAUGUCUUCUUGUGUAGAUUUAUAUAUAAAUAUAUUCUAAUUAUUUGUAUUGAAA